UUGUCCAAAGAAAGAAGUGACCCACAUUAAACCAAAAACCUUACAAAUUUUCAUAUGUAGUAUUAAAGAAAUCAAAAACCAUGGAAUCUAUCAAAGUCCAAAUCCCUAAAACAGAUCAAUUCUCUCUUCCCAAAAGCCAAGUCCAUACCUUUCCUCCAUGGCUUCUUCAUUGCGUUCCCAAACUAGUAAAAUCUCCAAUCUUUCUAUUUCCACAAUAAACCCGUGAUCCAAAACUUCCCUUUUUAAUCUUCUCUUUAAAGUUUGGUUACAAAAUCUGCUCUUUUUUCGAUCUUUAUAUAUGCAAAUGGGUUUGUGAGAAAAGCUCAGAUAAAUAACAAAGUCUCUUCCUUUAUUUUCAUUCAUGACUACAUCAUUUUCGAUGAAUCCAUCUUCGUUUCGAGUAAUCUGUAUACUCCAUUCGAUAAUCGCGCUUACUAGUGGAACCCUAAUGAUGUUCUACACAGAGAAAGCUUCAAUCUUUGGACCAGGAAGUGAGAUUGCUAGCAAACUAAAAGGAUCAACGCCACACGAUGAACUACUCAUACAGAUUUCUCAGUCAUUCUCUGGUUUGCUUCUCUUUGCAAUUGGUUUGGUACUGUUCAUGGUGUCCUUUGUGAAAGACAGAGAGUUUCAUAGCUUCUUCGCUGGUGGUUCUGUGAUUCUAUAUGUGUUAAUGGCUAUGUGGAGGGUUCUGUUCGAGUGGAAAAUUGAAGAUCUUGCUUAUGAAUGGCCUAAACAAGCUCUUGGAGACAUUGCUUUGGCUAUUUCUUGGGUUUUCUUUCUUGUUUAUUCUUGGAGAGAGAAGUAUGAUUGAUGAUGUUUUUGAUCUUUUUUUUUCUUGUUUAACAAACUUGUGGGCUAAGGAAAAACCAUAUUUGAUAUAUUAUAUAGUCUUUGAUUUUCAAGUUU